UGGCCACAGAGCAAGAGAUCAGCAGGGAGAGGGAGGAGGAGGAGGGAGGGAGGAGAGCGAACACAUGCAGCGCAGGCAGCAGAGGAGAGGAGCAUCUGAGAGGAAGCUGCACGCCGCCUCUGACAGAAAAGACUGAGUUCUUCUGCUCCUCACUAACAAGGAGGCAAAGAAAGAAACAAAGACAGGAGAGAGGGACAGGAGGAGGAGGAAAAAGUAUCCCUCCUUCCCACUUAGAGGGAGGGAAAACAAAAGAGAGGAGGGGGUUGAAGUGGAGAGAGAGAGAGAGAGAGAGAGUGAGGAGAGGAAAGGCAGCCGGCGGGAGAUAGUUAGAGGAACUGCAAGGCUGAUCAAUGAGCAAGCUGAGAUUUCGGCAAGAAAUUUCGACUCAGCAAGAAUAAGAGGAAGAGAGAAGGGAGCCAAUGACAGGGAAAGAUUGAUGAAUGAAAGAUGGAAGCAAAACAUCUGGAGAGGAAAAAGCCUGAGAAAUAAUUCAAGGCAGACGUAGGGAGAUUUUAGAAAGAGAAUAAAAACAUUUAGAAGAAGAUAAGAGAGGAGAGGAAUAAGGAGGAGCAGAGGGUGAAAUAUUUAAAAAGAGACAGAAGCUGAGGGAAGACGAGCCCAGAGUCAGAGAGUCACCGGCACAAAACUUCAAGAAGAGAGAGAAUAAAUCAGAGCAGCAGCAGGAGAGGAGGGGGUGAAAGCGCUCCUCCUUUUCCCCUUUUUUCGUUAUUUCUUCAGUCCCUCCUCUUCUUUAUAAAACAGAGGAGAUGAAGAGAGCGGGAGCAGAAGAUUAAGAAAGAGAAGGCUCUCUUCCUUCACCUAGAUUGUGCUUUAAGUUUGUGAAACUGUCAAAUCCAAUGGCGUGCUACUACAUUGUGAUCAGUUCCACCCACCUGCGUGAUGGACAGCUGAGGAGCAUCAAAGGGGUGUUCAGAGGACCAAUAGGAACCAACGGACAAAGAAACACGGAGGAAGGGGAAUCUAGUUUGUACUGUGAGCUGUGUGAUAAGCAGUACUUGAGACACCAACAGUACGACAACCACAUCAACUCCUACGACCACCACCACAAGCAGCGCCUCAAGGAGCUGAAACAGCGGGAGUUUUACAGAGCGCUGGCCUGCAGGAGGCAGAGGAGACGCAGGGAGGAGAAGAGAGAGGAGCGAACGCUGAGGAGGCUUCACAAUGACGAGGAGAGGAGGACGGGAGAGUGUGCUCCAGGCUCUGGUCCCAUGUUCCGGUCCACCACAGUGGCAGUUGAACCAGCAAACCAGGCGGGAUCAGACUUCGUGCAAAACUGGGCAGACAUCCAUACAAGUGGCUCCACACUGGGAACAAAUCCUAAAGCCUCACUCAUCCAGCCUUUUCUUCCCCUGGACCCAACACUGGAAACCAGAUUCCUGAGCAACACACAAUGGGGGUACAGCCAGAUGGACGCUGACAACGCUGCUACUGCCAAGUCCUGCAUCCUCAAAAACACCCAAAUGGACUACAAUGACCUGACGGCAGCUGGGAUUACUCCGAAUACCACCACCAACACAAUCAUAAAGACCGAUAAGACAACAAACUUCUACAAUUCUAACAACAGUUCCCACUUUAAUAAGAUCCCCUGGGCUCAUAAUUAUUUAAGCAACCCCAUUACUCCCAAUAACAUCCCUACAACUGCCCCUAAGGCUGCCAUUAAUGGAUCUAUUUUCAACACCAAUGUCACCAACUUCAGCAAGAAAAUCCAAACCACAGCUGCAGGAACAAACACGACUAAUAUCAGCGGAGGGGGCAUUCAGUCCAUCCCCAGCAGAGUCCGUCCUGUGUCCUUCUCGCUGCCCAAAAGGAGCUGUGUCCUCCUUCAUCAAUCAGCUGCCGUCUUCAUACAAGCUGGGCGAGGAUCUGGCUUGUCAGGGAAGCAAGAAGGGUUGACUGCCCAAGAGCGAGCCAAAGAUCUGACAGAGAAAGCCGUUCAUCAGCGGCUCAAAUCUCCAGUAUCCGCGGACGUCAACGGUGAAGGUGUGGAUCAGUGGGACACUGGAAACCAGUGCAGUGUGGACGAUAAAAUAGCAAUCCAGCUGUGUGAGACUGAGGGGGGAACUGAAGAUGUCUCGCAGACUGGUACCAAAGUUUCUUUAUGUGAUCAUAGCGUGAUCAGAGUUGAAGACUCUGUUGUGAGCGGGAAUGCAGCCCAGUUCUCCUUAUGUAAUGACAAUGGGACUGGAGUCCAAGUCAGCCUUGAAAGUAGGACUGGAACUCAUCUUUAUUUAAACAGUGGCAUGUCAGGACAGGUUACUGAUAUUGUGAGCACAGCUGAAGAUAAUAAUUUAGUUUGUGAAGACAGUAAGGCAGAAACACAUGAAUAUGUGGACAAGGAGACUGAGACAAACCCUACACAAGAACUGCUUUGUCCUUCAACUGCUCAGCCUCAAACACCAAUUUCUACUUUGAAUGAGCUCAAAGAGUCUUCAGUCCAAACACAGCCCAAAGAAUCCAACCUCCCUCCACCAAACUGUGCAAAAGAAUCAACUCCUUUAAUCCCAAAUCGUCCCAAAGAGCCGUUUUGUCCUGUCCUAAGCCGAGAUGGGACCAGGGUUCUUCUCUGGCCGUCUGAGAUGGUACGAUACACCAAGACCUCACCCUCCAUCUCCUACAGCAUCAAUCCUCUACUUUAUGACUUCAGAGCUCAUAACAGGACCAAGGAAGGGGCUGAGGAGAAAAAAGAAGGGCUGGAGGAAGGGAGAGAGAGAAUAAAGCCGUCUGUGAUCAAACAAACCAACUGCCAACAGAGGCAGGAAGUAAUGGAGGGAGAGAGGGAAGGGAAGAUAGAUGAAAGGGAAGACAAGGAUAAAGGAGGACAGGCAGGAAAUCCUGAGGAACUUGUUGCUGGUUGUAGCGGUGUCGGUGCAGUUCCUAGUGGCAACGAUGAAAGUGUUUUAAAACUUGUUCCUGUUUCCAUCGAAUGCCAACUUGCGCCAACACCGGGCCAUCAAAAGCGAGUGAGGAAGAGAAGGAGGGGGAGAAGAGGAGGGGCAAGGAGAGGAGUUAGAAAGAGGGGGAGAAGGAAAAGAGGAAAAGGGAUGGAUAGAAAAGACUCGGAGAGAGUAAGGAGGACAAUAACUAGUCUUUCUGAGAAUCAGAUGCUUGAGGGGAGAGCAGAAGAGAGGUUGAAAAGAGAGGGCACAGAAAAAGAUGAGAGAAAAGAAAAAGGGCUAUUAAGUAAUCUUGCAGCGCAUCGGCUGGUAGGAGGGAAAGAAAAGAAGAUGAGGGAAGACGAGAGACGGAUAAGAGGAGAUCAGACGGAGCAGGAGAGGGCAGGUAGAAAUGACGAAAAGAGAGGAGAGCUAUUAAGUAAUCUUCCCGUGAAUCGGUGUAAUCGGUGUAACCAGCUGUGUCUGCAGGUGAAAAGGGAGGCCAGCCAGCAUCAAUCCCAGCAAUCAACCUCUGGGUGGGGCCAGGGGCUCAGAAAGCUCCUCAGCAGGGGUGCAGCAUGUAACUCAGUGAUUAGCCCCGUCCCUGGGUCUGUUAUAGAAAUGCCACGCUGUCCUGCAAUUACACCCGACCCUGCUCAGAAUGACAGAGAGACGGGGGAGAUGAACAAAAAUACACAAGCAGGGAAGAAGGAAAAGCAGGGAGAAGAGGAGCAAAGGAAUUCGAGGCAGGCGGAGAUAAGAACUGUUCAGGAUGCUAAAGAGAGUGUGUGUAACCUGGUGAUUAGCCGCGUUUCUUUUCCCCGUCGAGAAGCAGCACGAGACCCUGAAAUUUGUCUUCUCCAUACGCCUCAUAGGGAAACAGCAUGCGAUACAGCGAUUAGCCUUGUCCCCGCUCCCUUUAGAGAAACAGCAUGCAGUCAAAGACAAACAAUACCUGCAGGACACAGCGAUCCAGUGUCAGGCCCAGCCCCAAGCUGCUGCACACAUCAGACAGAAACACAACAGAGAAUUAGAUCAGCCUCUGCUAACACAACGCUCCCAGGUGAUGGGAAUUCAAAGGAAGUGAUGCCAAAGAGCACGGUAACAGCUGGCAAGAGGAAGAUGGAGGAGCUGGAGGCUGGGGUAGCACCAAAGAAAAAACGGAAAAGAGGAAGGAGACAGCCGAGGAAACUUGCUUGUGCAUUGAGGACUUGUGCCCAGAGACAGGAUAAAGCUUGUGAUGCACUGAUGUCUGACUCUGGCUUAGAUCAGCCCUCUUGUAUGCAAUCCACAAUACUUUUGGACAACUGCACGAGUUGCAACAUAGCUGAGUGUAGUCAAGAGGGCAAGAGGAGAGAGAAAAACAACUUUCUUUAUCGGACUAAACACUUAGGGUGUCAUCAAACAAAUAACAUAGAGGGAGCAUUUAGUUACAACCCCACUGGCAAACUGAGUACUUACUGCUGCUGUGAUGACAGUAAAGAUGGCAACUGCAAUGUUGACAGUCAAUUUGGCUGUGAUUCCUCUGGAGGUGAGACAAAGAUAAAAUGCUGGAAUGAGAAACCUUUCAGCGGUCCUAACACCUGUAACACGCCAAAUGACCACACACAAGAUCAGAAUAAAAACCUUAAGAGCGCAGGCAUCUGCAGUGCUACCUUUGACAAUCCUUGCGACACAAAUGACCAACAUAAUCCAAGCUGUAAUGGCAGUGAGAUCAAUCCUGAGGUUUAUUCAACCCAUCUUUACUCAGUUUACUCAGCCAAAGAGGGGGACGAACCCACCUGUGACAUGGCCACUUCUGUGGAUUUGCUCACCUAUAGCACUGAUAAUGCACAUACUGACCACUGUCAAAAUGGAAAAACAUGCACUGAUUCAAAUUUCAGCAACCAAGAUGACAACAUACAAACCAAAAGUAGCUCCAGUGAGGAUAAAACCAAACUGCAAAGUCACAACCUUUCAGAAUCAGCAACUGAUUCCAAAAAGAGUAUUGAUCAAAACAGUGGCAAUCACUGCAAUGAUACUGAUGAUGGUCAGUAUGAUCAUUUCAAUAGUAAUCAUGUUGCUAAUUUUAAUCACUGUGUGUAUAAUGGUGUUAAUGCAGCAAAUGUUCCUGAACUCAUAAGCAAGCAGAAAGAGGAGAAAAAGAUGGUGAGAAAGGAGGAGGAGGUGAAACAGAUUGAAAGCAAAAAGGUGAGGGAGAAACAAGAAGAGUGGGAGAAAGAGUGGGUGAGGAGGAAGGAGAAGGAAAAGGAGGACAGGGAAAGAAGGAAAGAGGUGGAUUUUGAGCAUCUUUACCCAGAGAAGAGGCCUUGUUUCACUCAUACCUUCCCUCCACACUGCAUCCCCUUCCACGGUCCACUCCUCCUCCCGCCUACUCUCUCCUCUUCCUCCUCCUUCUCCCUCCAUCAAACCAUCAUCCAGCAUCAUCUCUCCCUCCUGCCACCUCCAUCCCACCUACCCAUCCCUUCGUACCCUCACCUGCUUCCUUCUUUCUCCCCACAUCUCUCGCCUCUCACUCUUAAUCCAACACCUGCUCCUCCACCACCACCUCCUCCUCCACCUCCCCCACCUCUUCCUCCUUCUUUCUAUGCCUCAUCUCCCAUCCAGCUCCUUGAUGCCCCUGGUCCAUAUCCACUUGCAACACCGUUUCACCCCUUGCAAAGUCACCAUCCGCCUUUGUAUCCCGCGCCCCAUCCGACAGUUGUUCCCUUACAGAUGUUGUUCUAAAGAAAUGAGUGAAGCAAAGACACAUGAAGACGGCCAUUUUUCUCAAAAACAUCAAAGGCAUCAGUUAGGAACAGUUUUCACUUGCACACUUGGAGCUCAUCUAAAAUGUGAAGUCCAGAAGACUUAAGUAGAAAGCCAGACCUCUGGUGACCUCACCACCCCACCAAAACACUCCAAGCACUGAUUCACACAUCAGGGAAAAAAUGAUGGCUAAUUAUCUUCAUCAGUGGCAAGCCUGCUCGAAAUGAGCCUCAGGUGUGCAGCCAGAGGAAUCAGGGUGGGAACACACAGCUGGGCUUGUUUCCCUCAUCACAAAUUAGUCGCUGUCUCUGUUUCUCUCUUGGCCAUGCUUGUUUUAAACUUUAAUGGAAAAAAAUCAAACUAUGGUCUGUGGCUUUAAAAGACAAACCCAUUGUUGUAAACCCUCGGAUAUCUUCAAUCUAUGAGGCAGAAUCUUUGUCUUGUUUAAAUUUCCAUUUUUCUCUCUUAAGAGCUUCCACUUCAGUUGGUGAUUUCCUUCUUUUUUCCUGAAUGACUCUAAAGAUGGAUGUGUUGCUCUCAGCAGAGGGUUAGUGAGAGCCAGUGACCCACAUUACUAUUUAAACCAGCGUCUGAAACGAUAGCAUUGGUUACUAUGAAGUGACUCUAUGAAAUGUUGAUAAAAGAUCCUGAGUUGUAUCUUCAGUAUUAAUAGUAGCGAUGAGGUUAAAAUAUCUUGUACUGGGAGCAUUUAUAUUUGAUUUCCAUGCAGUUCUAACAAAUAAGGUCCUUCAUUCAUGUUGUUUCCAUUUGAUAAGAUCUAUUUUCAUAUCAACAUAGCACAAAAAGUAAGGAAAUCUGUGUUUGGUAGAUUAUUUCUUUGUUGUAGCAAUGCUUUUUGGCAAUACAUCUUUUACCAUUGGAAGGCCUGUUUAUUACCCUUUUAAAUGGUGCCACAUUUGUAAGGAACAUGCAUUUGUGGGAUGAGCAGCAGAGCUGAGUAUGUGGGUUACACCCUUGAAAUCUUUUCUGCCAAUGCCCAACAGCUAAUUCUGCCCUUGACUCUUCUUUGGUGGAUCGAUAACAAUUUAUUCAUUUAACAAAUAGGAGCCUCAGUAGUAUGUGGAAUAACCAUAGCCACAACAGCCUGGCACCUCCUCUUCAUGCUGGUCACCAGCCUGGUCACACGCUGCUGUGGGAUGGCAUCCCAUUCCUCAGGCAGCAUUUGUCGCUAGUCAGCCAACGUGGUUGUGUUGGUCACUCUGGUACAAACAGCACGUCCAAGCUGAUCACACAAGUGUUCAAUUGGGCAGAGGUCAGGACUGCUGACUGGCCAUUCCAUCCUCUCCACUUGUAAAUCAACUUCCACUUCUGGAGGUGGUCUCUGAUAAACCCCGCUCCGUGGGGGAUAGCGAUGUCAUUUGGAGGAUAGAGUUCUUGCUGACAGGGUGAGGAAACAGUAUUCUUGGGUUGUCAUCUUUUUGGGACGCCGACUUCCUGGCCUGUUUCUGACAUGCUCCGUUAUAUGGAACUUAGCCUUCAGUUUGGAGAUGGUACUAGGCCUCACUUGAAAAAAAGACACAUAUUAGUUUUGUGGAACACCAGCUUGAAGUUGCCCUAUCACAAGAGCCCUGAUCCAGAUCAGUCAAAUGUGGCAUGCCAAUUCUUGGAGCAGACACCUACUGAGUACCAGAAGCCCAAAGCAACAGUCAAUAGCAACAACAAAAACAGCUGUUUGGUAUUGGCAGAGAAGAUUUGGCAAAAUUUUUCUUGGCUGCAACCCACAUACCCAGCUUUGCUUCUCAUCCCACAAAUGUUCCCUACAUUUGUGGCACCAUUUAAAAGGGAAAUAGGCUUUCUAACGAGAUAAGAUUUAUUGCCAAGAAGCAUUGUUACAAUAAAGAAAUAAUCUAUCAAACACAAAUGUCCUCACUUUAGGUGCUAAGUUUAGUUGCACUUAGGCCAAAUUAAGAAAAACAGCCUAUUCUCAUUACUUAAGGUUAAACAUGACAACAUGAACUUUUAACAUCACUUUCAUCAAUGACAUCAGGGUUCAAUCCUAAAUAACAGUCAUCUCUUUAUAUUUGACUGAUUUUAAGAUUAUGCACCUUAUAUAAGGUUUGAAUUCACUGUAAGAAAAGUCAUUAAUCAAACCUGAUUCAAUCAUUUACCUCACUUAACCAUGGAAUUAUGGAGUCCAAGCCUGAGCAAAGCAUGACUAUUUCCUGAUGCUUACCUAGUAUUUUUAAUUGUUACCAUGAUAAGGGCCACUUCAGAUAGUCAGUAGGAAUCUCACGAAAAAAUAAAUUGUCUUUGAGCACGCGGUACAGUCAAACCUAAUGUUCUGUCAGCCAUUUUGUCAAAUCUUCGCAAAAAGCUCUGCUAAUUUCAGCCUCCUUUACACAGUACAGGAUCUGGGGAUACACAUUCGAAUGAAAGAAACAGCAGUUUGGUAUUUUGUAUUGAUAAGUUGUUGGCAGUGAUUAGCAGGAUAAAGACAAAAUAAAGAUUAAGCUUUAGGUUGCACCCUGGAGCUUCAUGUUGUUUUUAAUGAAGGUUGGGCACAAUUCAUAACAUUUAGUUACACUGAAUUCUGACUUAACAAUAGAGCCCUGCACAGUCUGUCCAUAAGGUGCCAUGUACUGUACAGUCUACUGAAAUUGAUCUGCUAAUGGAUCACUACACCUAUGCUACAAGGACCUUUUAAAUUAUUGUUUAGGGCAUCAGAGAUGGCUGAUAAUCUGAUGUCUCUACCUGUGCUGCCUUCACCUGACAUUAGAAUGACACAGACUAAAUUAUCUGUAAAGUCAGGUGUAAUACAGGCAGGGUUUUUAUCUCAGCAUUCAUGAUGCUGUCAUUAAUGUAUGAGCUAUAUUUCAGCCUGUUCAGAGGUCUGCCUCUCCCGAAGUGACUGCUUCACAUCAGGGCAAAAUGUUAAGUUUAGAAAUAAGCGUUUGCUCUUUGAUUUUGAGGGACUGAGUCCAGCGUCUGACCUUUACUCUUGACGUUUCAGGCUGUUGAUUUUCUGCCAAUCUCACUCCACUGCGGCUGCACUAAAAAUACCCCAAUGAGGUGGAAAACUUUACAUUUAGUGACUCAUCCAUGGAAACAAAGACCAAAGCACACGGGGAAAGUGAUUCAGCAUGCCAUGUGGUGCACACUGCUUUAGGAAGGCUUUGGAGAGUCAGAUGAAUACAGGCACUGGGAGGGUUUGAUUGUCAGAAAAUCACCAAACUGCUAUUUUUAAAUUAAAGUUCCCACCCCUGUAGUCAUUCAUUGGUUCCAGUUGGACAGGUUAUUCACUAGAUUGUUUCAGAAACACUGCUAGCACAUGUAAUGUCACAUAUAGGAAGUUUAAAUGGCUCCUUCUUCACAGCUCUGUUAAAUCCGAGCAUUCCUACAGGGUGGAUUUCUCCUUUAAAGUGGUGGGUUAGCAUGAAAGCACAUGGGAAUGAGAGUAUAUCAGACCUUCUGCUCACUUCAAAUUUGUCCUCUCUUGGGUUUUUAUGCUCCUUCUUUUGUCAUUAAAUCAGCAUAAAAACCUCACAACUAAUAAAACGUGACAGCGACUCUGCAUAUGCAGUGUUUGGAGAGUUUUUAGAGGUCUGACUGGCAGGAGAAACGACGAGGGAAGAGCAGAGUGACUCCCACACUUACCAGCACAUUUGUUUUUCUCAGUCGUCUUUUCUCCCUCCUCUUAAGUUGAACAUCUGGCUGAGAUGGCUUUGGGGCAUAACUGGCAGCGCUGAUCCAUCUCAACGAAUAUAGAUUAUUCUGGUGCAGACGGUGAUGACAAACAAACAAAAAAACCAAUAAAAAAUAUGCAUGAAAAACGGUCCAUAGGAAGUGGAUUUGUGGGUGGAUCGCCAUCCUUAUUCACUGAGAGUUCCUGCCAGCACUGUAAAUGGUUUUGCUUUUAUUGAUCCCAUGGGUUUGAGCACACACUGUUUUAACAUUACAGUUGUCAGCUGCAGCUCUGGCCUCUCUGUUUGUCAUGACAGCAUGUGACACAGUUCUGACACUGGGGACAUAGUUGCAACUCUCCCUGCUUGAGGUGUUCAUGAGGAGAGUUAUUUACAUAAAACUCUGAGUGCAGGAAAUUAGAAUCAUAUUUAGCCGGCGUGUUAGCACUUGUGAUCUCUCCCUGUAGCUCUGUACCUCGAGGGGUUUGUAACCAUAUGUUCUCUAAGACAUAGUUUUUAUUUAUUAUUGUGAUAAAACUGUGUAAAGUAGAAACAAAAAGAAGCAGUUAUUCUACGUAUUUUUGUAGAGAAACCUCAGUUGAAUGAGGCAAGGUUUUUGUAUCAUGUACUCUGUUAUUUUAGCGAGUAAAUUUGCUUCACUUUAUUUGUCCUCUUGUAAAGCUGUUGUACAUAUGUUCUUUAAAGUCCUUGUUAUGAAUUAAUGGGUUGAAAUGCCAUGUUUGAGUUCUGCUUGGAAGCAAUUUUGUCAAAGAAAAUGUCUUAAAAGUACCUGAUGAACUUAGCAUUUUUUAAUGUGUAAUCUAGUCUGAGCAGACUCAUAACUACAGAUAUUAUCCCUGCUGAUAUAAUAGAUCAAAUUAAUCUAGUGAGAAAAAACAAAUUACUCUGAAAAUGGAAAUAAAUCAGUGCAAUUAAUUAUUA